CCAAAUCUCCCAUCAACAACACGAACCGUGUCUGUCCGUGAGAGAGGGAAAUGAAAAGGAGGCUACAGAAGAAAUACUUAAUUUUAAUUUUAGGAUACUCCGUGUUACUUCUGUUAAUCCCGUAUAUGCUGGACUACAGGAGUAAAACAUCGCAUAUUAAACAUGGACAGCAACAGCCGAGGUGCCCCGACCUGGAUAUGUGGAAUAACGGGGACAAGUUCAGCAACACUACCGAGACCAUGGAGGAGGCGGGAGUCAACAGGAGCCAGUCUAAAAUACACGUUUAUUUACAUGCUACGUGGAGGACGGGGUCAUCGUUCUUGGGGGAGUUAUUCAAUCAACACCCCGAUGUGUUUUACCUGUACGAGCCCAUGUGGCAUAUAUGGCAAGCUCUCUAUCCAGGAGACGCGGCCAGUCUGCAAGGAGCCGUGCGAGAUAUGAUGAACGCGCUUUUACGAUGCGACUUCUCCGUUUUAAAACUGUACGCGGGGACCCAAAAUAUCACCACGUCUUUUAUAUUUGGAUGGAAAAUGAACAAAGUGAUUUGCUCGGAACCUCUGUGCGAGGCGCACAAGAGAAACGAAGUGGGAUUAGUCCAAGAGGACGUCUGUGGAAAGUGCCCAAGGAAGGAUAUCAAAGAGUUGGAGAGGGAAUGCAAGAAGUACCGCGUCGUGGUAAUCAAAGGUGUGCGGGUUCUAGACCUCGGAGUACUCGUCCCGUUAAUGAGAGAUCCCGCUUUAAAUCUCCAGAUCAUUCAGUUGUUUAGAGAUCCGCGUGCAGUGCACAAUUCACGACUGAAAUCGAAACAGGCUCUGGUCAAGGAGAGCAUUCAGGUACUGAGGAGUAAAAAACAGACGGAGAAAUACAAGCGUCUACUGGUGCCAAACAACAGGGGGAACCGGGCUGAGAAUUAUGUCUCUAGCGCCAUGGAGCUAAUAUGUGACAACUGGCUGAACGAUAUGAUGCUCAUAAUGAACGCGCCCCCCUGGGUGAAGAGGAAUUACAUAAAGAUCCGCUACGAGGACUUGGUUCUACACCCCAUGGAGCAACUCCAGAGACUCUACAGCUUCUCCAACCUCUCCUCCUUUCCUGCCAUGGAUAAGUUUGUGUUGAACAUGACGCACGGCCACGGUUACUCCUCAGACAAACCGUUUCUAAUAUCGUCCAGAGACGCUAAGGAAGCCAUCUUCGCAUGGAGAGAGCGGUUGAACGUUGAGCAGAUCUCCCAAGUGGAAGCCUACUGCAGUGAGGUCAUGAGACAACUGGGCUAUCAGAAGAACAGUGAUAAAACAUAGACACGACAGCAUCAACAUGGUGAUGAUGAUGAUGGUGGCAGGAGAGGAAGACUGGUGACAAGGGAAGAGGAACUGACAAGCAGCAAGACUGUUAGGGUCCGUUUUCUUCAGCCAAGCCUGGCUGUAUGAACUGGAGGAGAGAGGAUACACAUGGAAGGAGUCAGUCACGGGCUGGACAGAAGCAUGUCAACAUGGAGAGGACUUAGACAGAGGGACAGAAAGACAACAUGGAGAGGACUUAGACAGAGGGACAGAAAGACAACAUGGAGAGGACUUAGACAGAGGGACAGAAAGACAACAUGGAGAGGACUUAGACAGAGGGACAGAAGCAUGACAACAUGGAGAGGACUUAGAGGGACAGAAGCAUGACAACAUGGAGAGGACUUAGACAGAGGGACAGAAAGACAACAUGGAGAGGACUUAGACAGAGGGACAGAAAGACAACAUGGAGAGGACUUAGACAGAGGGACAGAAGCAUGACAACAUGGAGAGGACUUAGACAGAGGGACAGAAGCAUGUCAACAUGGAGAGGACUUAGACAGAGGGACAGAAGCAUGUCAACAUGGAGAGGACUUAGACAGAGGGACAGAAAGACAACAUGGAGAGGACUUAGACAGAGGGACAGAAGCAUGACAACAUGGAGAGGACUUAGACAGAGGGACAGAAGCAUGACAACAUGGAGAGGACUUAGACAGAGGGACAGAAGCAUGACAACAUGGAGAGGACUUAGAGGGACAGAAGCAUGACAACAUGGAGAGGACUUAGACAGAGGGACAGAAAGACAACAUGGAGAGGACUUAGACAGAGGGACAGAAAGACAACAUGGAGAGGACUUAGACAGAGGGACAGAAGCAUGACAACAUGGAGAGGACUUAGACAGAGGGACAGAA